AUGAGAAUAAAUAAAGUUUACAUCAUUUUGUUUAUAUUAGCACUUGGAGUCUUUUCCAUCGAUCAACCAAUAUGCGUUGAUGUCAAAACAGUAAAAGUUCAAAUUGAUUCUUCAUAUACCAUUGUCCCAAAACUUCUUUCAAAAGUGUAUUCUGGUGGCACACUCAAUUUCAUUUCUUUGAAUGAAAAAAUUGCCACAAUUGAUUCUCAGGGUCUCAUAACACCAAAAAGCGUUGGUAAAACAGAAAUAAAAGUUACUUGCGCCGACCACCCAAUAUAUGAAGCAAUUGUUGUCGAGAUUUACAAUCAAAUUGCAACUGAAAGUCUAUCUCUUGAAAGUGAAACAACGAUGAUCAAAGUUGGACAGAGUAUUCAAUUGACGGUUUAUGCAGAGCCCGCACACAAGAAGCUAAAUUUUAAUGAUGUUAGUUGUUCAUUUGCUAACACGUCAGUUUUGAGUAUGAAUAAUGGUGUAAUGACUGGAAUCAAUGAAGGAUCUACUUCUUUGACUUGUUCAUACACAGAAAAUUCAAAGGUCAUUACUCAGAACAAAUUUUUUGUUGUAUACACGUUUAUUGAAACUGACAACAUUAUAAUUGAAUCCGAAUCAGAUAGAGUUAAAAUUGGUCAAAUAAUUACUCUGAAGGUGUAUGCAAACCCCGGGCAUCGUCCUUUGAAUAAUACUGAAAUAAUUUACUCAACAACAAACAAGGCAAUUUUAACUGUUUCAAAGGAUGGGAAAGUCUAUGGUAUUUCAGUUGGAAACGCAAGUGUCACAGCAACAUAUUUUGAGUAUGAUAAUUCUUAUUUAGCACAAAAGACCUUUAUGGUGUAUGAACCAGAAGUUUUAACAGACUCUAUAGUUAUGGAAAGUGAUACAACCAGUCUCAAAACAGGAGAAUCCACUUUAUUAAGGGUAUACGCAAACCCGAAUAAGAGACUUUUAAAUUCAAGUCAGGUGUCGUUUAGUUCAAACCACCCAGAAAUAUUGAUCACAAAUAACGAAGGAAAAGUGACUGGAAUUCAAAAAGGGUCUGCAACUAUAACUGCUAGUUAUUUUGAAAAUGGAAAUACUUUUAAAACAACACUUAUAUUUUCAGUUUAUACAGACAUCGUUACAACAAACAUUGGCAUUGAAGCAGCAGUUACAGAUGUUAUGGUUGGCAACACUGUUUAUAUAAACGUGUUUGCAUAUCCAGCAAACAGAAAGCUUUUAUCGACUGAGGUUCAGUGUAGUGCUUUUGAUACUUCUGUGAUUCAGGUUUAUUCAAACUUAUCACUUAAAGGGAAAAGUGUUGGUACAACAGAUGUCAAAUGUAAUUACACUGAAAAUGGAAUCACUUUUGAAGACUCGAAAUUAUUUACUGUUUAUGUAGAAACUCUCCGGAUUGAUUCAGAUCAAGAUAGUGUUGUUGCUGGACAAUCAAUGAAAUUAAGAGUCUAUUUGAUGCCUUAUAAAACACCACUUUUCUCAAGUGAUGUUGUUUUAUCUUCUUCAAAUGAAGCUAUUUUGAAGCCUGGAAAUUAUUUGUCCGUGAUUGGGGUAUCACAAGGUAAUGCGACUAUCACGUGCACUUACCUUACCAAAAAUAUAGUUGGCACUAAAGAAUUAACUGUCACACAAGAUUCAACUGUAAGAAUUGUAUUUGAAGCGAAGAACAACACUUUAAAGGUGUAUGAAGAAAUACCAUUAACUGCAUACUUAGAGCCAGGUCAUGUAUUAAUUGAAGAAAAUGAUACCAAUCUUUAUUACACAACAGAGGACCCUCACAUUAUCAGAGUCGAAGGUCGUAAAAUCAUUGGUGUUGAUGAAGGUUCAACUGAAAUAUAUGCCGUGUAUAUCAAAAAUUACAAUGAAAUUAAUGUGAGAUCAAGUCAAAGAUUUACUGUUUACACUGGUAUUAUUCCCGUUCAACGUAUCAGUUUUUCGUUUGAAAACAUCACCGUGAUCAAAGGAAAUCCUUUCAGUUUUCAAGUGCGUGUCGAUCCUCCAAAAGCCAAUAACAGAGCUGUUAUUGUUACUGCAGGAGAUGGAUUUUACCCAUACAAGAAUACCGGUAUAAAAGCUGAAAAUGUAUACACAAUGACUCCAACUCUAUCAGGAAAAACCACUAUUACAGCCGUUUCAGCUGAAGAUGAGACAAUUAGCAGUUCGUUUGAAUUAACGAUUGAAGAAACAUCUACACGCGGAGGAGGUUAUUUCGCUAAAGGUAUUGACAUAGAAAAUGGGUGGUUUGAUUGCAACAAAGAAUGGGAAGGUAGAGAAAAUGCAACAGUAAUGGGAUAUAACACAACAUAUCUUGUUAAAGAUAGUUCGUUGUGUUGGGCUGCAACAACAGCAAACCUUAUCGACUGGUAUCAACAAUCUAUUAACUUCACUAAUGUUCCUGUUGACACGCCGUAUGGACCAACGAGUUGGGAAAAUGGGACGGUUAAAGCAAAUGAUAAUACAGCAUAUUCCCAAAGUGUAGCAUAUGAAUACAUUAGACUUUGUUCAACAAAUGAAGGUUAUUUUGUUGGUAAAGCAUUGAAUUGGUUUUUCACUGGAGCAGACACGUUACUCUAUGAUAAUUUAUAUGAGAGAGGUUCUCGAUAUACCGAGUAUGUUGGAUUUGAAAAGAAUGUUAGAGUUGCAUUAGAUAAUUAUGUCGGAAGUGAUCAAGGGAGAGAUUAUUAUAUUGAAUAUCUGAAAAAGAUGGUAAUACCACAUAUAAAAAGAGGUACACCAAUGGGUCUUAAUGUCAAAUACACUUGUGGAAGAGGGCACGCCAUUACAUUAUGGGGAUAUGAACUUGGCGAUUUUGAUAUGGUGGAUUCGGGUGAAUGUCUCACAGAAAGUCAAGAAAACUUAAAAGUAAAACAAGAAGACUUAUCAAGUAAAAGAGGUGAUAACAUGAUUAGCUAUUUAUACAUCACGGACUCUGAUGAUGGUUGUGGGGCUGUUGGUGGAUGCAGUCGAGUAUUAAAACCAAGUUCUUUGGUUAGAAUUCCAUUAUUUUAUAGAGAUGAUGGUGCAUAUAUAGUGACUGCAACAAGCUGCUCUUCUUAUGCCAAAAUUGUGUCAUUGACUUCAUUCAAUUUGACCUAUGGUGAAGUGCCAGUCAAAAGAACAUAA